GUGAUUGUGGAGAAGGCGGAGAGAAGUGAUAUACCCAACAUUGAUAAGAAAAAGUAUCUUGUUCCAGCUGACUUGACAGUUGGACAAUUUGUAUAUGUGAUUCGGAAAAGGAUCAAACUGAGUGCGGAGAAGGCAAUUUUCAUAUUUGUGGACAAUGCCUUGCCACCCACAGGGGCAAUUAUGUCUGCCAUAUAUGAGGAGCAGAAGGAUGAAGAUGGUUUCCUCUAUGUUACCUAUAGUGGAGAGAACACAUUUGGAGACCAGAUCUUAAAGUAG